CGACACAAGCUUAGGCACUUCGGUGUCACACGUCACGUCAAUGUCUCCUGUUUGUGUUUGUGUGUGUGCGUUGUUUGGAGUUUUUCUUUAACACCUCACACACUCCUACCCUACCUUACAUUACAGUUUCAUCUAAAAAGGAUGAAUAAAAACAACUUUUCAAGCGUGUUUUCUCAGCUGUGGAGUCACUUUGACUCUCAGGUUGGUGUUUCCACAGCUGUAGGCUUCACCUCCGCCUCAUUUCUCAUCAUUUCCUACCUAAUGCUGGCAUGCAGCAGGUCUAAGCUGAGAGAUCCUGCAGACUGCGUGUUGUACUCUCUGAUUGGAGACCUGUGUCACCUUGCUGGAGCUUUUCUCUCUAAUCAGACAAACGUCCAGCGUAUUAUGGCUUUGAUGAUGACAGCUUUGGAUGUUAUGCAUUUCAUUUCUGUCACUUUGCCUUUUUGUUGCUGGUUUAAUUCCACCGCUGAGCGGAGAGCGAGAAUGUUAAGCAGGAGGAGGAGGCAGAACGUCCUCAUGGUCUGUCUGCUGUUUGGAAUGGGAGGAUGUGUUUACGCUGAUGUACGUGUACGUCACAUGCAAGCGGUCGCUUACGGUUCUCCAAACAGCAGGAAGCUGCUGAAUGUCAUUAUACAGGACCAGACUGAAUUGCUUGGCUAUGUGCUCGGGCUUCUGUCCUUCGCUAUUAGCUGGACCUCCAGGAUUCCGUUCUUUCUGAAAGCUAACAAAGGAGAGAUGAGUACUUCAACGCAUAUUUCCUCAAGAUGUUUUAGUGCCCUGGCUGGAGCUCUUUAUGCCUCUGCUAUCCUGCUCUAUGAUUCACGACUGGAGUCUGUUGUUAAAGCGCUGCCAUGGAUUCUUUCAGGAGCGUGCUGUUCAAUUCUGGAUGUCUCUAUUUUGCUCAUUUCAUGUUACAGAAGCUACUUUAAGUGGCAGUCCACUGGAGCGAUGGAUUCAGAUAUGGAGUGCCUUUUGGGCACGGUUACAUCUGGUCUGUAUUAUGAUAAAAAUCCUAGAAAGCAUAUUUCGUCCUGGAAGAACAGCUCAUCAAAAAUGCCUAAGACAGGAAAUAUAGAUGAUCGGCCUAUUCGAAAGGCGUGUUUAAAGGUGGUUACCGUCCCUCAGGAGAACUCGGCAGAGAGCCAGCCGCUAAAGGGAUCUGAGAAGGUGAUCAGGGUGGAUGAGUGUUAUUCCUCAGGCAGCGCUACUGAUUCGUCUCCUCUCAGCUCUGAUCUUGAGUGGGACUUUCAGGACACGCCUUCCCAGUGGAGUUCACAGAAUAGAGACGAGCAAACAAUGGACGUAUUCCCUCUGCAGGACUGGACGGUAGACCAGAGGUCAAAGUCCAACACGAAAUCCAGCUCUAACGCCUUUAAUGACGCCGAUCUGGAGAAGAGGAUGGUUUCCUAAUCACCCGACAUUAACUUUCAGAUGCUUUGAAAUCAUUCUGGAUGAUUCUCAGGAGAUUUGUCUGUACAAUAAUAUUUAACAAGAUAUCACCUAUAAUAAAAAAAAGAGUGAACGUUUA